AUGAUCGCCACCACAGCGCAAAGAACUAUCCGCAUCGCCAUCUCAGGCGGUGGUCUCGCCGGCGCGACCCUGUUCCACGCACUCCUUAAACACCCCCACCUGGACGUCCAGAUCUUCGAGUCGGCUGAAGCAUUCAAGGAAGCUGGCGCUGCGGUGGGUAUCGCCCGCAAUGCCCUCGCAGCCUUAGACCUAAUCGGUCCCUCGGCGACCGCAAGCCUCCAGCGCGCUGGUGCGGUGCCUCAGAAGGGCGUGCGCUUCAUGUUGGCCCAGGGCCCUGAUGCCGGGGAUGAAGGCGUCAUGAUCGACGAGAUCGACGCCGAGAUCCACCAGAAACAGGUCGUGAGCAUCGUGCACCGUGCCGCAUUCCUCAGGGAACUUCUCGCCGAGGUGCCUCCCAGCAGGAUGCACGCGUCCAAGAAGCUCACGAGGGUCGACCGCCACGAUGGCGCCGGACCCGGGGCACCCAUGACGCUGCACUUUGCUGACGGGUCCACGCACGAGUGUGACGUCCUCAUCGGAGCGGACGGUAUCCACAGCGUCGUCCGGGGGAUCGUUCUCGGCGACGGUGACCCGGCCGCGAGUGCGCGAAAUACGGGCUGGUGGGCCAUCAUGGCCCUGGAACCUUUUGCCGCGGCGCAGGCGUGUCUCGGGGAGAGCCUCGUGAACGCGGAGGAUCCGCGGCAGUAUGGCUGGACCGGUGACGGGGCGUAUCUCCUGCAUGACGUGCUGAGCGACGGACGGCUAGUACAGAUCAUCGCCUGCGGCAUGGACGAGGAUGCUCGCGGCUCGGACCGUUGGCAGACCACUCUGAGCGCAGAUGAGAUCCGCGAGCACUUCCGGGGUUGGCCAGCACACCUGACGAAUGCUGUUGAAAAGCUACUCUGUGACGAGCCGGAACAGCAGGCGCGGUACCUGUGGGAGCAUCCACCAGCCAGCACAUAUGUCUCCGAUUGCAUUGCUGUGAUGGGCGACGCCGCCCACGCUACCACUCCCUGGCAAGGCUCUGGAGCGGGCAUGGCGAUAGAAGACAGCUUGAUACUAUCUACUCUUCUCGGCCACGCAGAGACGGUUGCUCAGGCAUUAUUGGCUCUCAGGGUGUACGAUCAGGUCCGCCGGCCGCGCACGCAGCAGGUUGUUGAGUCGAGCAGGGGGACAGGCAUGAUGCGGACUGGACUAGACAAUGAAGUGGGUCUGGAUGUCAUGAAGUUCAGGCAAAGAUUGCUUUCCAGGUGGGAUUUCAUCAUCGACUUUGACAGCAAACAACAUUGUACCGAUGCAUUGGCUAUUAUGAACGACCUUUCCUGA